GUGCCCUCUUAACUUUGUUCACUUGACAGAAAAGUAGGAGGAUUCGUCGGAACAGGAAUGAGCGACGACUAAAGGGAUGAGAUGUAAAUGUUCGUUCUUUAUUAGAUUCAAUUCCACAUAAAGAGUGGCAUUAACGGUCAUGAGCUCCUAUUUGAUCAACUACGUGGACCCCAAAUUCCCACCCUGCGAGGAGUACUCACAUAGCGACUAUCUACCCAGCAACUCUCCGGACUAUUUGGGCUCCCAUCGUCAUGAGCCCGCCGCCUUUCAAGCGGACGCUACUCUGAAGAAUCCCCAGCAUCGCCGGCAACGAGCGGAGCCGCAGUACGCACAGUGUCAGCCCGCCUCGGAGGUGAUGCCCCCUCGCGUCCUCGUCAUUCCCCCGAUUGGCGUAGAAAUGCACCGUAUCCCGGAGCAUCGCCGGGACUCGGUGAUACCCAGCCCGCCUCCGAGUGAGCAGCCACCUCCCAGUCCAAACACUCAAAAUGACCCCGUGGUGUAUCCGUGGAUGAAGAAAGUUCAUGUAAACAUUGUGAGUUCAAACUACACAGGAGACGAGCCAAAGCGCUCUCGGACUGCUUACACCCGCCAGCAGGUUCUGGAGCUUGAGAAGGAGUUCCACUACAACCGAUACCUGACGCGCAGGCACAGGGUGGAGAUAGCACACACACUGUGUCUGUCAGAGCGCCAGAUCAAAAUCUGGUUCCAGAACCGACGAAUGAAAUGGAAGAAGGAUCACAAAUUGCCCAACACCAAAGUCCGGUCUGGGAAUAACUGAAGCGCCCAAGCUUUAACUGGCUCCACCUGACCACCUAGAAAACGAGCCCAUCUGCUCUUUGUUGCAUUUCUGCCAUCCAAAACAACAAAGCUGUAGAUAAAAACUGUGGACUGGAAUAACCAUUACUGACUUAAGCCUGUUUAGCCUGUUUAUCUUCUCGAUAAAAAGCUUGACUGAAAGAAAACACAAAACGAUGAUGUCCCACCUCAAAUGUCCAUUGUCCAAAACAUCAUAUUUUUUAUAUUUUGCGUAUAAUCCACUUUCACCCUUAAUUUAAUUCAAUAGCAAAACAAUCAUGUGAGUUUUCUUUUCCUGUUCCAAGAGAAAUAAAUUGUUUCCCAGUUUUCAUCUUUAAUAACCAAAAUUUGUCAUGUUCAUUCUGUGGUUACAAAGCUGUCUGAAUGGGUGAUUGGAUUAAACAUGGUUCUGGCGUUAGGCCUGUGGUUUUGCCAAACUACAAGCCCGGACCUAUACAGCCACGUAACGGAACUAUCUUUACAUCAAUAUAUAUCACACUAUGUGAAUAUACAACAAAACAUGAAAGAUCUGACAUUUUUUCCCGCACAAAUGUAACUAACUCUUCCAUAGUGAAAAAAAAAAGGUUUAUUAGUCGAACGUUUAAAAUGUGUAUGGUAUUUAUUGACCAAAUAGAGAUUUUUUAAACAUUUAAUUAAAUUUUCAAUUCACAGUAUUGAUAAAAAAAAUACUUACUUUUUGAUACCGAGACUGAAAAGGAGCACUAGUUGCUGAUAUUUAACACAAACUGCUUGAGGCGUGGGUAGGAUUAGUUAUAUAGGUAUUAAUUAAACAGUGUUUAUAGAGAGGCCCAUAAAGAUGCUUAUUCGCAAUAUAAACCAAGUAUGCACUACAAAUACAGCGCUAUACAAUAUUACCUCAGCUGCACUUUUCAUUUAAUGAAGUGGCACAUUUUCAGGCAUUCUUAUUUUGGGUAUUACGUUGUUAUAUAAAAUGCGCACAUACUUUGUCUGUCCCCUCCCCUUUCAUUAUGCUGUUUAUCCCAAGUGUUUUUUUAAUGCAUGCUAUUUUAUUUAUAUUCCAAAGAUCUGUUUCUAACGUUGGUGUUGGCAAUAAUAAUAAUCAUAAUAAUAAUAAUAAACGUGUUGAUCUUAUUACCUCAUGGAUCGAAGUUGCUCAUCUGUGUU